UCGUGUCAGUUAAAAAACACGCGAUAAACAGCGAAUGCUGGGAUUUUUCCAAGGCCGUAGACUCCGUAGUCAGCAGUUCCCCCUUACCUUGCGCGAAGGUGACGUAUAAGGUUCUUUCCCCAGCAGUAUUCUCGCGCGUCGAGCGGUCGCAGGACGAUUUCACACUUCGUCGACGAGCAUUACACUCUCGUGAUUCCCGAUUAUCUAGCUAGGUUAAAAUCCCUCGCAUUCCAUAUAUAUCAUGCGACGCCAUGUUCGGACAGUACUAUUCCCCGAGCAAUCGCGGGCAACUUCUCGAUACAUUUGAAAUUUGUACGCGAGGAGAAGGAGGAGAGACGCGCGCGAAACGAGAUAAAGGUGCCAAAGGCGCGCGGAGCUGUCAUUAAUCGUCAGGUGCCUAUAUUCGCUCGCCUCGAGAAUCGUAACAAAGAAGGUAUCGCUCCACGCAACAUAUAUAUUCAUUCGUGUUAUUGUACGCAUAAAGAUAGUAAUCAGUAGAGAUUAGAUAAACAACAGAUUAAGCGUCGUGGGAAACGGUUUAGAAGUCUUUUAGAAGAUUACCUGACAGAGGAAUGAUGGAAUCCGCGGCGGUCUCGGUCUUGAAGCGAGCGGUGGAGAUGGAUACGAAGGAACAAUACACAAUGGCGUUGGUUUUAUAUCAGGAAGGCGUACAGAUACUUCUCGACGCUGUAAAAGAGUCAAAGGAAGCCUACAAGACUGAGUACCUCACAACCAAAGCCAAAGAAUAUCUGGACAGAGCUGAGACAGUGAAAAAACUAAUUACUGCGAGGAAAUCAGCUGGGAUAUACAGGGAAUUGACUAAGAUCGAAAAUGGAUCAACAGGGCAUGGCUAUGCGAGUGUUUUUGGCAGAUUCCUGGAUGGUACUGUCACUCAUAUCAACAUUGAGGAUCCGUAUAUACGAGCCUUUCAUCAGUGUCAGAACCUGGUUAGAUUAUGCGAACUGGCUAUUCAAAAGUGCUGUGCAUUGUCAAGGAUAUCCUUGCUUACUACUUACGAGGCAGAGGAAUCUAAUCAAAUUGCUAGAUUAGCAGAGUUGAAGGAAAGUUUAGCUUCUCGUAAGGUCUCUUUUGAUUUCUCUUUUUCUGAAACAUUGCACGACAGACAAAUUACAUUGAGUAAUGGAUGGGUAAUAAAAAUCGGACGUGGAUUAGACUAUUUUAAAGCGCCAGAGGGCAAAUUUGUUCUCGGUUCGUGUGAUUUAGAAUUAAGACCAUGCUUGGAGACUACUGUAGACAUUUUUCAUAAGAAUCAGCUUCAAAAUGAAAGAAUAUAACAUCAAUGACAAUAAAAUAUGGUUAAUAUUUUUUUAUACAGUUUUCAUUAAUAU